CGUCUGUGAAAUCAGGGAUUCAGGAUCGUCUUCUCGAGAAUCAUCGCCGAGAAUGAAGCACGAGAAGUUCGUCUCGGAGGUAAUUUGGCCUGCAAUUCGGGGUAAAUCUUGUCCGAUCUGCCUCAAAGAUCUUGAAUUUCGCGGAGCGGCGGUGCUGACGGUGUGCACGCACGCCUACUGCGUGGAAUGCAUUCGCAAAUGGAGCAACUUGAGAAGAAGAUGCCCCCUGUGUAACGCCGACUUCGAUUCCUGGUUCUGCAAAAUAAACCUUUCUUCUCGAACUUUCUGCAAGGAGAGAUUAUCUGCUUUGAGUAAUCGUACAAGAAACGUCGACGUUGAAGUUGAGUUGAGCCGACGAAUUGAUCCUCGAAGGAUAUUUCGAAGAACAAGAGACGAAUUAUAUACUGUUAGCCGUCGGACAAGGCCGCUACCAUGGCAGCGAUCGUUUGGACGGCCAGGAUCUGUGCCGCCUGAUGUUAUUGCUGAAAGAAAACUUCAAUGGCGUGCCAGCAUGUAUGGCCUAGGCUUGCGAGCCAUUCCUUUAUCUCCCAGAAACUGUAUUGAGCAGAAUUUCUUGGGAAAUAUUGUUGCGAGAGAAAAAAUAGUACAGAGAAUAGAGCCAUGGAUUCAGAGGGAGCUGCAGGCUAUCCUCGGGGACCCAGAUCCAUCCUUUAUUGUUCAUGUAGCCACCUCACUUUUCAUAGCUAGCCUUGAAAAGAAAAAUAAUGCCAAUUCCGAACAGCUUGAUGGCGAAGAUAACCUCAUGGCACCUUUGCGUCCUUUCUUGCAAGACAGAACGAAUAUGUUUUUGCAUGAAUUAAGAUGUUUUGCAGAGAGUUCGUUAAACGUGGAGGAGUUCGUUAAACGUGGAGGCGUAUGAUGCUGUGGUCGAAUAUGAGUAGUUGGGGUUAAGUUAUAUAAGUGCUAAAUAGCCUUGUUAGUUCAACUUGUCUCAUCCAUUUUUACUUUAUUUGGCGUGGAAGUGCCAUGUUGGAAGCUCGAGGUACCUCAUUCUUUUUGAGUAAAAAUUCAGUAACCUUCUCAGCAAGGUAGCAGGAGCUGCUUAAAUGCAUGAUCAUGUGAUGCAACUUAGGUCAGUUACGACUGCAAAUGAGCCAAGUCAAAUUGGGCUAUGAUGUUCGAGCAGAGCAAAAUUUCAGAGUUUCAACACUAAUGCCCACAUGAUGUUCAUAACAAGGCUGACCAAUAGUUUGCAGGUGCAAGGGCUGUUUUGAUGACUGACCUGCUUCUGUCGUAAGAUGUUGGUCUGGGAGAGGAUUAUCAUCUCCUUGGCUACAGAUUCGACAGUUUACUUCGAGCCAGCGAACAGAUCAUUCGAGGGCAGAGGUGUCAGGUGCCUUAGAUCUCUCAAGGAUGUAACCUAGCCAUCAGAUAAUCCUAUGAAGAAGAACACGUUCGCCCAUUUUAAGCCUUUGAUACAAAAAUCGUUGCACACAAACACCCUUCAGAAUGUGGAACCGCCCAACAUCCUGAUGAUGAAUCCUUUACAUUUUAGGCAUGUGAGAAAACCCAUUGCAUAAUUUGGUUUUAUAUACGCUUUAGCCAAUGUGGGAAUGUUAUUGACCCAUUUAGAUUCUAAAUGUGGGAAUGU